AUCUGCCGAUAAGAUGUCCGAUCGACAUUGCCGGAAGGAUACGAGUCAAAAUAUGGGCUUCAUUUACACAGAUCUGGGCCAUUUGUUUCACGAAAACACUUUAUAUCUCUUAUGUAUUACUCAAUAAGACACUUCCUGCUUACCACACACAUUAUGGCUGCAUAAAAUCUUUCAUGUCCUCAUAUUUGACCAGACUAUACAAAGACUAACCAGAUAAAAUUAACCAUGGUUCUUUCUCUUCUCUUCUCAAUACUUUCUUUAUUUUAUUAGAAGAAGUCUUUCUCUAUAUAAACAAAAAACUUCUUCUCUCUCUUAUUCUGAAUCUCAAAAUUAUUUUCCCAAAUCCAUAAAUUUUAAUCUCACUGAUUUCUCUUUCACUUCUCGUUUCAUUUGAUUUCAAAACCAACCAUGAUACAUCACCAGAUGAUGUAUGCGCCUCCUUACUCUCUUUAUCAACACUAUAAUUAUUUGUAUCAUCAUCACCAAUCUCGUGGUGGCAAACAUAAAAAUGCUGAGAACGUUGAGAACUGGAUCGAUUAUUUUGCUUAAGUGGAUGGAUGAUAGUUACCUUAAUUGUUUAUUUUCUUUUGGUGGAAAAGUAAGUAUGUGCUUCACUCUUAUUUUUCCUCUUUUCAAAAAAAGAAUUGUGUGUUUCCUUGUUUAUGUACAAAGUCUUCUUAUUUUGUGGAUUAGAUUUAUUUUGUUCUUUGAUGGUUUUGUUCAUUGUUUGGCUGCUGUAGUCACUUUUGAGUUUUGAAAUAAAGUGUGUAAAAUAACUUAAUUUAUUGAGAAAAUAAUUUGAAUGUUAUAUGGACAAAAAAUCAAAAUGGAAAAACACAAAAAACACAUUCAAGUUGUUUGACGAAAUGCUCUAUAAAAAUAUGCAUAUCCAUAAAACGGUGUCCACACAAUCCUAUAUGAUAUAUAGAAAUAUGUAUAUCCACAAAAUAGUGUCCACAAAACCUCGUCCACAAGAACUCGUUCACAUGGACAUCAAAAUUUAUUAUAAAUUUACAAAAAAAAAUAUACAUUAUGGAUAUCAAAAUGUAGAAGAGAAAAAGUUAUAACUUAUUUUAUACAUUAAUAUAGAUUUUAUACAUUAUAAUUUGUAAUAAUGACCAAAAAAAAUAUGUUGGGAAUGUACAUAUAAACUACACGGUAUGCAUAAAGCAUUUGUCCACAGAUACUAAAAAAUUAUGUAAGAUGAUUAGGAAUAUAGGAACUUGUCCAAGAAAACACAUCCAUGAAACUUAGUUCAUGAAACCUCAUCCACAAAAAUUUUAAAGAGAUUUUUCUACAUUUUUUAUCCAUCCAUGUCCACAUCUUUUUAUGUUCACGUAUUUUUCUUAUAUGUUCACAAUUUUGCAUCCACACUUCUUAUGUCCAUACAUUUUUUAAUAUAAUUGUUGAAAUAUAUAAAAUAUAUAUAUGAAAAUGGAUGUUAAAAUAUAGAGAAAAACAAAUUACAAUUUAUUGUAAUAAUUAUACUUUUUUCAAAUGUUUUAAACUCUGAGAAAAAAAAAACAAAAAAAAACAUAAGAACUUUGCAAAAAAACAAAGAAAAAGUUGAGAAGAAAAAAAUGCAACCAUCCUCUAGUUUUCCUUAACCAAGGGUGAAAAGUACUGCUGUAAAAUAACAAGGGGUGCAUGAGGACAAUGUGUCCUUCCAGUGGAAAGUGUCUUUUCAUGACAAAAAAGAGAAGAAUGUAUUAAUUAUUCUCUCUUUUAUAAAACUCUUUUAUAAAAGAAUAUCAUUUUAACAUUAUUCAUACAAAUUAAAAUUCAUUUAAGUCUUUAAUAAUUAUAUUUAUAUUUACCAAAUAGUAUUUGAGAUAAGAAAAUUAUUUAUAAAAUUUAUUCAUUUUAUAAUUAAUAUUAAAGUUAAAAUUGAUAUAAAUUGUCUUAGAAUUCUAAAAUGAUAUUUUUUCAUACAAUUAAAAAAGAAGUUAUAAUGACAUUUUUUUAUAAAACAGAAUAAUAUUUUGUUUUAGUUUCUUCUAAAAUCAGGUAAAUGGGAGUUAAAUGGUUAUAGCUAAGAUUUAUGUUAAUAAUCUGCUAGAGCCCAAGUACGUUGAUAAGUCUUUGUAUCUUGUCUUCGUCUUCGGGGGACGAAACUCUCAUUUCGUUACCAUUUUCCUUUGCUUUUGUGUUAUAGUCUGUAUUUUUUUGGCUUUUCCUCAGCGGGAAUCCUUUUACUUAUUUAUUAUUAUUUUUGGAAUAUGUCUUAUUUAUUUGUUGAUCACAAAUGUUGGCAUCAUCUCUGCGUAGGAGAUUGUAUAACGUGUUUUCUGGGUGUAAUAUCUGUAGAAAUUCACCCCGAUAGAAAUUGCAUGGGUCAAGGACAACUUGCGAUUGAAUAUAUAUACAAGCUUGAUGUUCUACCCCGAACAGCAUAUCUAUGAUCUUGAAAACUAUCCAUUCAAGAUUUUUUUUAAACAAAACUUUUAUUUUGAAAAAAUCACUGAUGAAGACAUUUAAUUUUAUUUGAUACUAGUCUACAUCUAUACUAUUAUUUGCGAAGUAAUUUUUAGCAACAUAGCUCUCACGUUGAAAAUUAGAGCGGUUAAUAUAUAUAUUACCCUUAAUGAAUUUUAUAUAUAAUUAAUUAUAUAAUCAAAAACGAAUUUUUAUUAAUAAUAUUAACUUUUUUUAAAAAUAAGAUAAUUCUUAUAUAUCGGGUUGUUAUCUUAAAACAUAUUUUUCAAUUAUAAGACAGUGUUAUCCUUAAUAAAUUUUAAUUAAACAUAUAUAUUUAGUUAGAUUUUUGUCAUAUAUAUAUUUGAUUUUUUUUUUUGAAAACAUAAAUUAUAAGUUAUUAUGCUGGUUUUUGAAUUAAUAAAAAAAAUAAACUAAUAAAUAUUUGUAAAGCGAUUAAGCCCGCAUAUGCGGAUAAGACACCUAGUUUUUAUAUUAUUAUGGAGACAAUAAAUUUCUCAUAUGAGAAAUAUUUAUGUUAAGAAGCAAACACUUUAGGUUCAAAAAAAAAAAAAGCAAACACUUUUGCACUCUUUGCACGGCACUGACUGAGAUAUAUUUUCAACCUAUAUUUUUAAAAAAAAUUAUAUUAGUUUUUUUUUGUAUUUGGCUUAGUUCUUUUCCACUAUUUGCACGGCACUAACUUAAAAUCACAACUCUUCAGACACCAUCUUUGUUAAUACGACAAGGUACGCUAAUAACUCUUCGCACCCUUUCGUCCUCUUUCUCAUCCUAUAAAAACAAGACUAUAAACAAGGUUAUAAUCUGUUAAUUAAUUGCGCUAGACUCAAAGAAAAUAAACAAUCAUGGAAGCAAAUAGACUAAUUCAAAGCUGCAUGUCCUCGUUCCCGGUGAUUAAUAGUUUUGUAAAAUGUUUUGUCUUCAAACGAGAGGAGCUACAUGCAUUAGAAACGGAAGCAUAUCAUCGAUGGAACAUAAAGCAGACGAAUUCAUUGAUGGACCUGCUUAUCUACUUUAUUUACAAUGUUAACGAACAGUGAUCUCAAAGACGGGUUUAACAAUGACAAAUUUGGCUAAAAUAUAAAAACUGACCAAAAAGUAAGUUCGUGUUGUGAACAAACGCGAAUCAACUCGAAGAAAGUAAAAGAGAGCAAAAUUAAUGUAUUGAGACAAAUACAUGUUUUAAGUUUUGUAUAUUAUUAUGUAAAUAAUUAUCUUUACAACCCUUAAGACAUGUAUUUGUAGUAGCCUAAAACCUGAUUUUCUUAUUCUGUUAAGAAUACAUACUUAUUUAAAAAAAAAAUUCCUAAUCCUAUAAAGUAUACCGUACUCCUUAUAUGUCAACUUUGAUAUCAAGUUUAUCUUUCUUGCGCCUACGAUCAAUCCAACAAAUGCUGGACUUUUAUUAGUGCACAAAGAUUUAAGAAACUUCCAAGUAUAAUAGGUGAAAAAAAACAAACUUAAACCAACCUAAACCAUGUAUAUAGUUUUUAUAAAUCCAGAUAAUUUGGUUUGGUUUUAAACCGGACGAUCCAAGAAAACGAAGUGUAUUUAAUUAGAUACAAGAAACAAAAUAAAUGAAGAGUGGACAUACCUUGCAAACGUAUCUGAUUUCACCUUGACGGAGUUUGUUACAUUCAGGAAAUUUAUCAGUUGCUGCUUCAACAGCUUUACAAUCAAACUAACUGCUAUGAGCCAUAUGUUUUAAAAGCAUUAAGCUAUAUGAGACAUUCUAAGUUACAAACACUAGUGUAUGAUGGGCAUCUUUAAUCAUUUGAAAUUAGGUUUUUAUUUAUCCAUGCAGUUUCCAUUGAGUACUGCUGUCGCCACUCUGAUACCAUGCAGAUUGCUCUACGUUCAAAUUGCUCAAUAUUUAUCAUCUGUAAAUUUGGAGGCACUUGGAUACUAAAAGAAAGGAGAAUUGGUUACAAAAGUACCAAAGAGAUAGUAAUUGUGAAGCAGCUGAUAAGUCUUCGUAAUUUGUCUUUACUUCGUCUUCCGGUGGACGAAAAACUUUCCAUUUUCCUUUGCCAUAUCCCUUAUAUAUUAAUUGAAAAAUAUUACAACUUGUUUUUUAUCCACAUGUCAUAACUAGGAUGAUUCUCAGAAUUCUUAGAAAAAUAGGUUGGUCCAUAUAAUUAUACAAUAAGAAUUUUACUAAACUAACUAUAAAUUCAUUAUUAGUGUUCUUUAUUAUUUCCUUAAAUAAAAAUUACAAAUUUUUUUAAUGUGAUUAAAGUAUAUAUGACAAUUAAUAGUUUUGAAUAAUAAAGAUUUGAUAAAAAAAAUAGUGUAUCUUCUAUCAUAUUUGUUUACUCAGUACACUAUAUAUAUGCACCAUUUUUAAUAUGAGUGCAAUUUUCUACUCAGUACACUAUAUAUAUGCACCAUUUUUAAAUUUAGAAUCUAUAUAGUUUUACCAUAAUAUCUAGUUUUUAUACAAGAGUUAACUAAAAAAUGUAAUGUCAUAAAAAUGAUCAAUUUUUAUUUUGUUUUUGGCUUUGUAAUAAUUUUUUGAUAAUUGGCCCAACAUGAAAAUUUGAUUCAAAAUCAAGUUAAUAAUACAGCAUGGUUCCACUUUGUAAACUUUUAUUUUUAUUGUUUAACUAAUGAAAAAACGCGUUUACUUUCAUUGGCUUUUGGUCGUCCCAAACCAAGAGAGGGUUCAUUUUAUAAAUGGGACCUGCAUAGUCUGAAGUCUGAACCUCAUAUCUUGUAAACCGAACAGGGCCGUCUAACAGCACGCGCAAGUGGAGCGGUCGAACAGGGCCCCGAAAUAUAAAAAUAAAAAAUUUAAAGAUUUUUCAAAAUAUAUAGAUAAAUUAUGGUAAUUUUUUUUAAAAAAAUUUAGACAUAAUGCUAAAUUUAGAACUUAUAAUUAGAAAAAUCAGACAAAAUUAUUAAAUUUUAAACUUACGUGAUAAAAUGCACGAUUAAUAUUUUUUUUGAACAGGGCCUAAAAUUAAUUUGAGACGGCCCUGAAACCGAACCAUGUCUUCUCGUGCCUCUUUCAUCUUCCUCUUCCUUUUCCUUUACUCCUUCCUCACUAGCUUCCGAGCUACUGCUGAAAUUCCCAUCUUUGUACACCAUUAUUGUCGAAAUACGACAAGGUAUACAGCGAACAGCAUUUACUUCACCAAUCUCAAAACACUUUGGUCCUCUCUCUCUUCCACCAACGCCUCAUACUCCACCGGAUUCCAAAACGCUACGGCCGGACAAGCUCGGGAUAUGAUCACCGGACUUUUCCUCUGCCGGGGAGACGUCUCGCUGGAGGUUUGUCGUGACUGCGUCUCCUACUCCGUCAAAGAUAUCGUACGCAAGUGUCCGAAUCAGAGAGAGGCCACUAUCUAUUACGAUCAGUGUAUGCUCAGAUACUCUGACAGGAAUAUUUUCUCGAACGUCACACUCGAUGACGGAUUUAUUAUGUACAAUGACCAUUAUGAUAUUCCAUCUGCGGAACAAGCCCGUUUCGAAAACUUGGUGUUGACCACAAUGAUCGAACUUGCCUUUGAAGCAGCGAACAGCUCGCGACAUUUCUGUACGAGAGAGACCAAGUGGAACGAUUACCAGGAUUUGUACGUCCUGGUUCAGUGCACUCCUGAUCUGACGAGACAAGACUGUUUUAGAUGUCUGGACCGUUCCAUCAACGAAUUGUAUUUUUCAACUAUUGGAGAGAGAUAUCUUUAUCCUAGCUGUAAUUCAAGGUACGAAUUUUACAAGUUCUACAACGAAACACUGCUGCCUCCACCGCCCCUAGCUGCGCCUACUCCUCCAGUGUCAUCUGCUCCACGGCCUACAGGGAAAGUUGGGAAUUCAAAUGUGUUAGCCAUAGCCAUCCUUGUGGCUAUUAUCAUGGCUUUGCUACUUUCCAUAGCUGGUUAUUGUUUCUUUGCAAAGAGGAAAAAGAAGGCUUCUGAUAAUGCACCAGCUUUUUAUGGAGAUGAUAUAACAACAAUAGACUCGCUUCAACUUGAUUACAGAACAAUUCAAGCUGCAACAAAUGAUUAUUCAGAGAAUAAUAAGAUUGGUCGAGGUGGAUUUGGAGAGGUUUACAAGGGUACAUUUUUGAAUGGGACUGAAGUUGCAGUGAAGAGACUGUCAAAAUCAUCAGGACAAGGUGAAACAGAGUUCAAAAACGAGGUUGUGGUUGUUGCAAAGCUUCAGCAUAGAAAUUUGGUAAAGCUUAUGGGGUUUUCUCUAGAACGAGAAGAAAGGAUAUUGGUUUACGAGUAUGUGCCCAACAAAAGCCUUGAUUACUUCCUCUUUGACCCAACAAAGAAGGGUAAACUAUGCUGGACACGGAGAUACAAGAUCAUUGAAGGGGUUGCUCGGGGAAUGCUAUAUCUUCAUCAAGAUUCACGGCUCACAAUUAUACACCGUGACCUUAAAGCAAGUAACAUUCUCCUGGAUGCAGAUAUGAAUCCAAAAAUUGCUGAUUUUGGAAUGGCAAGAAUCUUUGGGAUGGACCAAACUCAAGAGAACACAAACAGAAUUGUCGGUACCUACGGUUACAUGUCUCCAGAAUAUGCUAUGCAUGGCCAAUUCUCAAUGAAAUCUGAUGUAUAUAGCUUUGGAGUGUUAGUUCUUGAGAUCAUGACUGGUAGGAAGAAUAGCAGUUUCUACGAGAGAGACGGUGCACAUAACUUGGUUACAUAUGCUUGGAGACUAUGGACUAACAAAACAGAGUUAGACCUUGUGGAUCCAGUUAUAGUAUAUAAUUGCCAGAAGAGUGAAGUGGUUAGAUGCAUCCAUGUCGGUCUUUUAUGUGUUCAAGAGGAUCCUGUAGAGCGCCCGACCUUUUCAACCAUUUUGCAGAUGCUCACUAGUAACAAUGUGAUUUUGCCAGUGCCUCAACAACCAGGGUUUGUCAUUCAGGCAAGACCUAAAAGAGAUCUGCCUGAUUCGGAUCAAUCUACGAUGACCAAGUGUGCUACAAGGUCUGUCGGUGAUGCGUCGGUCACUGAUUUAUAUCCUCGUUGAUUAUGGUGUUAACCUUCACGCUUGGACUACUUGACAUUUAUUGGUCAAAAAGUGUUAUUUCUGGUUGAUAAAGUUCAAAACUUGUUUGAGCGCCUUAUAAUCUAGUAGUUUCGUUUUAAUUUAGUUUGAUUUUAGUUCUUAACAUAUCAACUUAAAAACAAAACCAAGUGGUUUCUUAUUUCUAAGUGUUAUAAUCUAUAAUGUUUGUUGAAAAUUUCUUACUUAUGUGUGUUAUAUGUUGAACUUUGCAAUUUUGUAAAAAAAAAUUAAAUUUUCUGUUGCGUA